AUGUCUUCCAUUCAAAUGAUGUCUGUUAACAAACUUGGAUACCAAAAGCUGAGACAUGAAGUUGAGUCUGAUGAUGAAAGGGAGAGAACAACCAUUCAGAGACCAAGGAAUUUUAUAAGGUUUAGAAAAGUUCCUAUGAGGAGAAGGUUUAAGCUGAAAAUACCAAGCUUGAGAAGACUUUGGAGGAAAAAGGUAAAAGUGGUUUCUUCCAUGAGAAUUUCAUGUGCUAAAGUUAUGAAAAGAUUUAAAGAUGGACAUGUUCAUUUUGGUGAUCUUUUUGCUGGAAACUACUUGUUCAUGCAAGUUAAUCCUUCUUCACUCAACUACCUUGGAAAAGAGGUGUCUCUUUCAAAAAUUGCUUAG